UACAGAAUGAUUAGAUAAUUGUGCGUUUGGAAAGGUUAUCUAUUCAAGGUAGGGGCCACUGGAUGGAUGGACCUGAUUGAUUCAAUACACUGCCACCUGUACUAUGGGGAAUCGAUCUGCAAUAUUCCAGUUCUACCAGCUCCCUACAGGAAAGUGGAGAAUAUCCGGCGCUUUUUUACCGGCGGCCAUCACCAACUGCCGGAUGCUCGGCCAACUUAAAAUGAAAAGCCCUCUCUCUGUUUCUCUUUACCUCUCACUAUCUCUCCCUCUCCCUCUCCCUCUCCGCCGUCUCGUCUCUCCCUCUCCCGUCCUCGAUCUCUCUCCCUCAUACUCUCUCGAUCUCUCUCCCUUCCUCUCCCUCCCCCUCUCGAUGUCCCUCUCCUCCCUCUGUCUCGAUCUCUCUUUCCCUCGUUUUCUUCAACGUGUUGUUCCUUCUUCGAUCUCUCUCCAACAAUCGAAGAAAGUAGAAGAAAGAAGAGAAAAUCGAAGGUACAAUACAAAACAGACUGUGAGAAGUUUUAUGGGAGAAUCCUUGACAACCGCAAUGUUGUAUCGGUUGUUGAAGGGACUUCCAAGCAGAAAACGGCAAAAAUUUGGAGUAGUCUAUAUCCAGAAGAGCCAUAUGAGCUUGCCUUCAACAUUACUUUCUCAGAAGGUGGUGCUGAAAAGUUUUCUGAAAGUGUAGAAAACAUCAAAUAUGACCUGGUUUCAGCUGUUAGAAGGCAGAGCGUCUUCUUUUAUCAGGUAUCAAGACCCAGUAUGCAUGAUGAUUGUUUUCUUGAAAGAGCUGUGGCC